AUGCAAUCUUCUAUGUGGAGUUUCUUACAAAAGAAAGAAGGUGGAGAAAUUGAAGAUAUAGAAAAGAAAAUUAGUAAUGCACAAGAAUUAAAUAAACUUAAAACUUCCCCUAAAAAGAAAAGAGAAGCAGUGGUUAAAGAAAAAGUUGAAAAGAAAGAAAAAAAAGAAACAAAACCAAAGAGAAAGAGUUCAAAAAAAAAUAAGGAAGAAGAAGAAGAAGAAGAACAAGAAGAACAAGAUGGUGAAGAAGAACAAGAAGAAGAAGAAGAAUAUCAACAACAAGAUGAAGAAAUUGAAGAAGAUAUAAAUGGUGAAGAAGAAAUGGAAUUAGAUGAAAAUGAAAAAGAAAAGAAUAAAAAGAAAAAACAAUCAUUAAAAACUAAAGAAAAUAAAGAAUCAAAAUCAUCAUCUUCUUCAAAGAAAACAAUAGAAAAUAAAGAAACUAAAAAACCUGAAAAACAAUCUUCAAAACAAUCAAAUAAUUUGAAAAGAUUAAAAAGAAAGAAAAUGGAUGACGAUGAAGAAGACGAAGAAGAUGAAAAUAAAACUGAUGAUAAUGAUUUAGAUGAUAUGCUCGAUGAUGAUAGUGAUAAUGAAAAAGAUUCAAUUUCUUCAAAAGAUAAAGAGUAUAAAGAAAAAGUUUUAAAAGAUAAAGAGAAAAAAGAAAAAGAAAAGAAAGAAAAAGAGUUAAAAGAAAAAGAAUCAAAGGAAAAAGAAAAGAAAGAAAAAGAAAAAAAAGAAAAAGAAGAAAAAGAUAAAAAAGAAAAGGAAUUAAAAGAAAAGGAAUUAAAAGAAAAGGAAUUAAAAGAUAAAAAAGAAAAGGAGCUAAAAGAAAAAGAAAAAGAACUCAAAGAUAAAGAGAAAAAAGAAAAAGAGUUAAAAGAAAAAGAGAAAAAAGAAAAGGAAGAAAAGGAAAAGGAGAAAAAAGAGAAAAAAGAAAAAGAAUUGAAAGAAAAAGAAGAAAAAGAGAAAAAAGAAAAGGAAUUAAAAGAAAAGGAAUUAAAAGAAAAGGAAUUAAAAGAAAAGGAAUUAAAAGAAAAGGAAUUAACUUCACCAAAAAAAGAAACUAUUGAUAUUUCAGAUUUAUUUAAAAGAGCAAAUGCUGAAGCUAAAUCGUCAGUACCAACCUCAACAUCUAAAAACAGUAAAACUAAUAAAAAACAAAAAGUUGAUCAUAAACCAACAGCAACAACAAAAAAACCAUCACCUGUACUUGAAGCAAAGCAAAGCACCACAACCACCACCACCACAACUACUACCUCUACCGCCACAACUAUUUCUUCAAAAUCAAUUUCAAGUCCAUCUAAAAAAGAAGAAAAAGAAGUAAUAACUUCAAAAAAACAAGUUGAAGCAACAAAAGUAGAAGUUAAAAAAGAAAAAGAAAAAGAAAAAGAAAAAGAAAAAGAAGAUGAUGAGGAAGAAGAGGAAGAAGAAGAAGAUGAUGAUGAAAAAUUAGAAGAUAUUGAUGAGGAAGAAUAUGAAGAAGAAGAAGAAGAAGAUGAAGAGGGAAUUAGUGAAAAUGAAGAAGAAGAAGAAAAGAAAAGUACACAAAUUAAAAGUAAAUUUAUUAAAAAAGUACCAAUUUCAAAAAAGAAAGGUAAUGCAAAAACUAUUCAAGCUGAUUUAAAGGUUAUUGGAAAAUAUAGACCAAUUGAGGAUGCACAAUGGAAAAAAGGUGAAGCUGUACCAUAUAUGGUAUUAGCAAAAACCUUUGAAAUGAUGGAAUCAACAUCAUCAAGAUUAAUUAUUAUUGAACAUUUAGCCAAUUUAUUUAGAUCGAUUAUGUUAUUAUCACCAAAGGAUUUGGUUAUGACAAUUUAUUUAUCAAUCAAUAAGAUUGGUCCAUCCUAUCAAUCUAAAGAGUUGGGUAUUGGUGAACAUGUUUUAAUUAAAUCAUUAGCAGAGUCCACUGGUAGAUCAGUGGAUGUUAUUAAACAAGAGUUGACAGAGGUUGGUGAUUUGGGUAUAAUUGCACAAAAUAGUAGAUCCACUCAAACUCUAAUGGGUAAACCAACACCAUUGACCAUUCAAUCGGUGUUCAAAACAUUUCAACAAAUUGCUGAUCUCUCUGGCACAGGUGGCCAACAAAAAAAGAAAGAUCUUAUAAAGAAACUAUUGGUAUCAUGUAAAGAUUGUGAAACACUUUAUAUCAUUCGUUCAUUGCAAGGUAAGCUUAGAAUUGGUCUAGCCGAACGUUCAGUAUUGAUGGCAUUGGCUAAAUCCGUAUUGGUAACACCACCAAUUGAUGGUAGCGGUCAACAGAUAUUUGAUAUUAGAAAACAAAUGAAACAAGAGGAAUUUGAAGAACGUUAUCAAAAUGUUGUAUCAAAGGUAACUCGUGCAUAUAGUCAGUUACCAAAUUAUGAUUUAUUUGUACCUCAUUUAAUUGCUGUGAAUGGUAUUGAUAAUAUUUUGAGUACAUGUUCAUUGAAAGUUGGUAUUCCAGUGAAACCAAUGUUAGCACAACCAACCACUGGUAUCAGUCAAAUGUUGGAUCGUUUCUCUGAUAUGGAGUUUACUUGUGAAUUCAAAUAUGAUGGUGAACGUGCUCAAAUCCAUCGUUUACCAGAUGGUACCACUCAUAUUUAUACCAGAAAUUUAGAGGAUUACACUCAAAAAUAUCCAGAUAUUGUUGCAAAUGUUACUAAAUUCGUUGGGCCAAAUGUGAAAUCAUUCAUUUUAGAUUGUGAAGCAGUUGCAUUUGAUGCUGCAACAAAAAAGAUUUUAUCAUUUCAAGUUUUAUCGACUAGAGCAAGAAAAAGUGUACAAUUGUCACAAAUUAAAGUACCAGUUUGUGUAUUUGCUUUCGAUUUACUCUAUUUGAAUGGUCAAUCAUUAAUUGAUGAACCAUUAAUCAAACGUCGUGAACAUUUAGUUGAAAAUUUCAUUGCAUCCGAUGGUGUAUUUGCUUUUGCUAAAUAUUCAAAUAUUUCCGACGUAAAUGAUAUUCAAUCCUAUCUUGAAGAGGCUGUCGAGGGUAAUUGUGAAGGUUUAAUGGUGAAAACUUUGAAAGAGAAAUCAAUCUAUGAACCAUCACGUCGUUCUUACAAUUGGUUAAAGAUUAAAAAAGAUUAUAUGCAAGGUAUGACCGAUAGUUUAGAUUUGGUACCCAUUGGUGCAUGGUAUGGUAAAGGUAAAAGAACAGGUACUUAUGGUGCUUACUUGUUGGCUUGUUAUGAUGAAAACAAUGAAGAAUUCCAAACACUCUGUAAGAUUGGUACUGGUUUCUCUGAUGAACAAUUGACUACUUUUACCAGUCAAUUGAAACCUCAUCUAAUUAAUCAACCACGUAAUCAAUUCCGUUUCUCUGAUUCAAUUAAACCUGAUGUUUGGUUCUCUCCAAGUUGUGUUUGGGAGGUAUUGGCCGCUGAUUUAUCAAUCUCUCCAGUUCAUACAGCUGCAUCUGGUAUUUUGGAUCCAAAUAAAGGUAUCGCUUUACGUUUCCCACGUUUCAUUAGAAUUCGUCCUGAUAAAUCUCCUGAAGAUGCAACUAGUUCUGAUCAAGUUGUUGAUAUGUAUCAAAAUCAAAAAAUUAAUAGUCAAUCUUCAAAAAUUAAUGAAAAAGAUGAAGAUUAUUAA